AUGGACGCGGAACGCGCUUUGCCCGAGAAGAGAAACCCUCUCGUUGAGGAGAAACACACUCCGCAGAUUGAGAUCCUUGUUGAAAGACGCCGAUUGGGACAGACAGAGCUCACAGUGAAGGCUGGCCAGAUUGGCACUUCCAAUGCGACAAAGCCUUCCAACCUGGGCAUGUUCGACUAUGCCCACCUGCGCGUACCUCUUCCCAAGGAUCUGCAAGGCAGUGGCAUCUUCGCUCCGUCGCGCCGCAAUCAGUCGUACCCAGAAGCUUACUUCUUGAUGAGACGUUCUAACGACGGUUACAUUAGCGCAACUGGCAUGUACAAGGCCGCCUUCCCAUGGUCAACGCUGGAAGAGGAAGAAAUCGAGAAAAAGUACAUCAAAUCGCUCCCUGAGACUGACAGCGAGGAGAUUGCUGGCAACGUGUGGAUUCCCCCCACAUCAGCCCUGACUCUGGCCGAUGCCUACGGCAUGCGCACCUGGAUUGAAGCAUUGCUCGACCCCGAGCCCAUCGCAAAGGGAACUCACGACCCCAACAAGAAGAUCGCUACACCACCUCGAUUCGUCAUUCCUACCUCGGAAGCCACUACUCUCCCUCCCCCGACAGAAACUACUUCUCGCCGCCGCACUCUCCGUUCGGCUUCCCCUGCAAAGGCUCCACCCACACCCAGCCGUAAGAUCGCAACUCCCAGGAGGACCCGACGUGCAAAGCCUGCAGCAUCAAGUGCACUCGCACCCACUGCUGAGAGUGCCGAGGAG